CCAAGUACCAUCGUCGCGUUUCCCCUUCUUUACCCCCCUCUCGCUCUCUCAAGACACAUCUUCCACCCGCAACCACCAUGUCCGGAUUCCACAACAUCAAAGGCAAAAUCAGCCGGCAAUUCGGCGGCAAACUCCACCCUGACGAGGAGGCGUAUUUAAGCUAUCACGAUGUUCGCGUGACAAGGGGAGACUUGGAAAGCAUAAAGAAUGACUGGUUGACUGAUAAUGCCAUCGCAUUCUGGGAAGAAUACCUCGAGCACGAAAAGCUCACGGCCUACCCGAACGCGCACAUAACCCUCCUACGCCCCAGCAUGGCCUUCAUGCUCAUGCAAACCCCCAACCCGCUCACUCUCAAAGACGCCCUCCCCGACUUCACGCGCACCACCCACAUCUUCCUACCGAUCAACGACAACCGCAACGUCGAAGUCGCCGAAGGCGGCUCGCACUGGACCCUCCUCAUCGUCUCCGUGCUCGACGGCGUGGCCUUCCACUACGAUUCCCUCUGCCCGUCCAACGACGCCGAAGCGCGGACGGUAACGCAGAAAAUGGCCAUCCUGCUCGGCAAAGGGCUGCGCUUCGUGAACAUGGGCGACACGCCGCAGCAGGACAAUUCCUCGGACUGCGGCGUGUACGUGUGCCUGAUAAUGAAGCACCUGCUGCUGCACCGGCUGCUGACGGCGGACGCGAACGGGAAGGUGAAUAUGAGCAUGGCGCGCCGCGAGCUGGACCCCGCGGCGGGGCGGAAGGCGAUGCUGCGGAUUAUCGAGGAGAGGCGGAAGGAGGGCGAACGGCGGCGAUCGAGAAGCGUGAGUCCGUUUCGGAGUAAGGGCGAAAGUAAAAGUAGGAGUCCGCCGAGGAUCGGGGAAGAGAACGAGAAUCUAUAGCCGGGGGGUGGGGAGGGGGGAUGGUAGAGCGUUUGGGGUUCUAGGUGCUGGUGCAUGGCGUUUGGGGCGGUCUAGAACAGCGAGUUGGGUGCUGGGAGCGGGUUUCCUUCGCAUCCGCAUCUCUGCAUGAUAGAUGGACUGGGCUGAGUGGCCUUUCACCAGGGUGAAAGAUGGUUUUAUGAGAGAUGGUUCAUGAGAAAUGGGUUAUGAGCGUUGGUUCAUGAGAGAUGGCUUAUGCAAUGAAAGAGCCCUACUUAACGCUGAUGGGCAUUGCCUCUUAUUUCAAUUCUUGAACUGUUGUUUUUCCACCAAGCGUUUGCAGCGAGCAGCAUAGUAAAUACUUUCGAAUUCAUUCACCCUAAACAAACCG